AUGGAGGAGGGAAAUACAACGUCAUUCCUUCUCCUUGGAGAGUACGAUUCAUUAACAGACCGAAAUGUAUCCGCAUUCGGCAUUUACCUAGCGGAUAGUGAGUUAAACGAAACGUUCAUUGGCAACUUCACCUGUCCCCCGACGGACAUGCCGACGACCUACUAUCUGUUCAUGUUCCUGUACGCGGUCGUUUGCCUCGUAGGCGUGCUGGGCAACACGCUCGUCAUCUAUGUGGUGCUCAGGUUUUCCAACAUGCAAACGGUUACCAACAUGUAUAUACUAAACCUUGCGAUCGCUGACGAAUGCUUCCUGAUCGGCAUUCCGUUCCUUAUUGCCACCAUGCAUAUGAAGCGUUGGACAUUGGGCGGUGCUAUGUGCAAAGCGUACAUGGUGAGUACUUCCGUCACGCAGUUCACAUCAUCGAUUUUCCUGUUCAUCAUGUCCGCCGAUCGGUACAUUGCCAUCUGUCAUCACAUCUCGUCACCCAAAUAUCGUACACCGCUGGUAUCGCGAAUAGUGUCAUUGCUGGCGUGGCUCGCUUCCGCUCUGAUCAUGCUACCGAUUAUGAUCUAUGCCGACGUGAUAGAACAGAAACCAAACACCUACUCGUGUCAGAUACUAUGGCCCGAAACACAUGGGCAUCUCCCGGGUUACACGUUUACCCUAUACUCGCUGAUACUAGGGUUUGUAAUUCCGCUUUGCUUCAUCAUGACCUUCUACUGUUUGGUGAUACGAAAGCUGCGGAAUGUGGGUCCCAAAACGACGGGUAAAUCUCGCGGAAAACGGCGGUCGCAUCGCAAGGUAACGAAACUGGUGCUGACCGUCAUCACCGUGUACAUCCUCUGCUGGCUACCCUACUGGAUAUCGCAGGUGGCACUGAUCACAUCUGACUUCGAAACAUGCAGCACAAGGUUGGAUCUGAUACUGUUCCUACUAGUGGGUUGUCUCGGCUACAUUAACUCCGCCAUCAAUCCGAUCCUGUAUGCAUAUCUGAGUGAGAACUUCAAGAAGAGUUUCCUGAAGGCCUGUACCUGUGCAGCACGGGCUGAAGUGAACGCACAGCUGAAGCUGGAGAACAGUGUCAUGCCGAAACGCUCACGCACACGUACCAACUCCGACACGACGCAGUUAACUACCGGUUCCAAAGUGCAGCAUCGGUUGCUAGUGGAACCGACGACGACCGCCACUACUACCACGACGGCGGCUUCAUGUGUUUCAUCCAGAAAUCCCAGUCCCCCGCCUGUUCUGCCGCAGCGAAAUAAUCAUCUCCUUACCGUACCUGGUACACAUGCCUGUGCAUCCACCAAUGGUAGUAGUAACAGUACUUACACCAACCAUAACAAUAACAAUAAUAAUGAUAUCAGUGCCACCAAUACAAACAAUGGCAAUCCCAGCAGUGGAAAGAGUGAUCAUACUAGCAGUUCUUACAAUGCAAAUCAAAAUUUAAGCGUUCCGUGUGGAAACGGUAUGGACGAGCAACUUGUCAAACUAGCGUAA